AUGCUUCUUGCGGUGCUAGAAGUAGACGCAGCGGCCAUUUGUGCGAGUAUUCCGAUCUUUUGGCCCGUGAUGGUCACACAUUUGGGUGGUAUAUUCGUGACAAAAGAGAUGAGCAUUAUUCGAGAGAUGAGAUAUACCCAAGAAGAUGGGAUCGAGCUGAUGGGAAAGCAAUAUGAUGAUGUUGAGAGCGACUUGAAAGCAAAGCACACUGGCGCUAUACAGAGCAGCGAAGAUCAUUAUCGAGAUCGUUACGUAAUGCAACAAGUCGACCCAUUCGGCAUCUCUGAAGUAUCAGUUGAGUGUGGCGCCGAGCUUGUGGCAGAGAAAAAUAUUGGGUGCUAA